AUGAAAAUAAAAAUUUUUCCCCUCAAUUUUUUUGUUCUCCAAAUGAUGGGUUUUUGGAGGCCACCUCACUGGUCCUCUCCCUCUAAAAUAAUUAUUUAUAAUUUUUACUCGUGUUUCAUGUGCUUUACUCUAUUCUCGGUGACACUUUAUCAGUUGAUCGAAAUUAUUAAGUCCCCAGGUAGUGUAGAUAAUUUUAUUAAGAACUCCCGAGUGCUUUUGACUAUGAUGAACGCUUGCGCUAAAUCCAUAAACUUUUUUAAGAGAAGGGGUGACAUUUUGAAGGCGAUUGACCUUAUUGCCUCGUCUCCGUGUUGUCCGCGCGAUGUUGCUGAAGAUGUUAUUCAAGGAAAAUACGACAAAAGCAUCAGGAGAAAUUCCAUAAUUUAUGGGGGAUUCAUCCAUACUGCGGUAUGCUCUCGGGUUCUCGAAGCAGCCAGGGAAUGUGCUCCCAAUCGUAUGCUACCAUUCAAGUCCUGGAUUCCUUACAACAUUGAUUCCGACUUGUCAUUCUGGCUUACCUACAUCCAACAAAAUCUAGCUGCGUACAUCUCCGCAUACGUCAGCAUUUGUUAUGACACGAUAGUACCAGGAUGCAUGGUGCUAACAUGCGCGCAGCUUCAAAUUUUCAAGAGUCGAUUGCAAGACUUUCGCCCCGAUGAUGAUAAAAAUCAUGAGGAACACCUGAAUAAUCAUGAUGGGGAUAAAAAACUCAUUUCAAACUGCGUGCAACAUCAUUUGAAAAUCCUUCAAUUUGUAGAGUCAACGAACAACAUAUUCACCUUCACGCUGUUCACUCAGUUCUCAAUAAGUUCACUAGUCAUAUGUGUGAGUGUCUAUGAUCUGUCAAAAUCCACCCCAUUUACCGGUGAUUUUGUGGAAGUGGUUUUGUAUUUAAUGUCGAUGUUGCUUGAACUGUAUAUUUUUUGUCUUUAUGGGAAUGAUGUUACUGUGGAGAGUGGUAGAAUCGCAGGCCAUAUUUACGAUCUGGAUUGGCCAUCACUUAAGACUUCGGUUCAAAAGGAACUCCUGAUUAUCAUGACGAGGACGAUGAAGCCACUUAGAUUCAUCAGCGGACAUGUUUAUGUUCUGUCGCUCGCAUCGUUCACCGGUCUCCUCAAAACGUCAUAUACUACAUACAACGUUCUCGAGCAAAUGUCGUAG